UAAAAAAAGUUGUAUUUGUUUUAAUAUUUUACAAAAGUACUUAUUGAUUAAUUGUUGACAAAAUAAUGCUAGUAUUUUGUUUGUUUCUUUUUUUUAAACAAAAAUAAUAAUAAAAUGCUCAAUAUUACUUAUUUUUGGCCACCAAUAUUGUCCUCCGUAGUAUUAGAAAUGUUUUCCUAGUGAAAUCAAUCAGCUAUCAGAUUCAAGUUUUUGAAUAAAGAGGAUCAAUUCGGUGGUCAAAAUAAAUACUGCUUACAAACAAAAUGACAGAACACCUAGCAAAAACAUCAGUGGUUGAAAAUGUAUCUUAUCAAAAUGCAAUUAAGUCCAGACAUAUUGAAAUGGAUAAAACUGAAAUAGAAACUAAUUUUCCAGUAGAAUAUAUAUGCUAUAAAUGUAAUACUGUAUUCUACAAACGAACACACAUAGAGAAACAUCUAAAAUUAUCAUUUUGUGAUGGGAAAUGUUUAGAUACUGAUAAAGUAGUUCCUAUAAUCAAGAAAUUACCAGGUUUAUUAAAAAAUGAAUCUCAUUUUCAAUAUAAACAUCACCAAUGUGAACUUUGUUCAAAAUCUUUUACAAACAAGAAAAAAUUAAUUCAACAUAUUCAGACACAUAGUGGGGUAAAACCAUUUCGUUGUGAAACUUGCUAUAGAGGUUUUUCUAAUUCUUACAGUUUGAAAAGUCAUGAAAAAACUCAUACUGGCGUAAAACCUUAUAGAUGUGAUAUUUGUCAAAAAGCCUUUUCUCAUUCACAUAUUUUAAUAAACCAUAAAAGAACUCACUCCGGAGAGAAACCAUUUAAAUGUGAAUUUUGUCAAAAAUGUUUUGCUACAUCUGGAACGUUAGUGGCACAUACACGUACACAUACUGGUGAACAGCCAUAUAAAUGUGAUAUAUGUCAAAAAAUGUUCUCCUUAUCAAGCAGUUUAAAUGCUCACAAAAGAACACAUACAGGUGACAAACCUCACAAAUGUAUUUUUUGUUCAAAAGCUUUUGUAAAGAGUGGUGACUUAGAGCGGCAUUUGCGAACUCAUACAGGUGUAAAACCGUUUCAUUGCGAUUUGUGCGAUAAAUCUUUUACACAGUCGUCUGGCUUGAUCAUUCAUAAAAGAAACCACACUGGCGAAAGACCAUUUGCAUGCGAUACAUGCGACCGGUCAUUUACCAAUUCAGCUAGUUUAAUAGCACAUAAGCGAACUCAUACAGGAGAAAUACCUCAUAUGCCUCUACAUGUCCUAAAUGUUCAACAGAUUUCUAAUACUCAAAACACUAUGCAGAAAAAUAUUUUUUCAGAAAUACCUACAACAAUUACAACAGGUUUAUGGGACACUAGUGUUCCAACACCAUCAGUUGGAGAUUUUAGUUACAGUUGGUCAAAUUGGUUUCAAAGUGAAACGGAUCCUAAUAACACUAAAGAUCCAAUUCAAUGUCCGAAUGAACUUUCGGUACCAUUUAUGCAGCCCGUGUAUAAUGGGAGAGAAAACAUUAGUAGUAUGAAUACAAUAAACAGUGUAAGUAUUUCAUUGGAGAAUAAUGUUGUACCCAUCAAAAGACCCGAAGGCCGGUGGUUAGAUUGUGAUGUAUGCCAUAAGACUUUUCCUUAUUCAUCUAGACAUAAAUUGAUUGAACACCAACGGACACAUACCCGUGAAAAACCAUUUAAAUGCUACAUAUGUCAAAAAUCAUUUUCUUUAUCUAGUACUUUGAUUGUGCACAAAAGAAUGCAUACGGGAGAAAGGCCAUUUAAAUGUGAUUUAUGUCCAAAAGCAUUUGCCCAAAAAUCAAAGCUAAAUAUACAUAAAAGAAUUCACACUGGUGUAAAACCAUUUCAUUGUAAUUUAUGUCAAAAAACAUUUGCCCAUUCUUCAAAUUUGUCAGACCAUAAGAAAACCCACACCCAAGAAAGACCGUAUAAAUGCGAUAUUUGCCACAAGUUGUUCACGCUGGCUAACAGUUUACGGAAACAUAAAAUAUUACACUCCGGUUACAAACCAUAUGUAUGUGAAGUCUGCCAAAAAGCAUUUGCCAAAAAAGCUAGUUUAGAUCGUCACAAGGGUACACAUGAUGGUGUACCGCAAUGGACAAAACCAUUUACAAACGGCCUUAAAGAAAAGCGAAUGAAUAACAUUGAUAAGCCUUUUAAAUGUCAUAUUUGUUUUAAGUCGUUUGCUAGUGUAAAUGGAAUGACUAGACAUACAGCUAAACAUAAUGGACAAGAUCAAUUUCUAUGUGAAAUUUGUAACAAGACUUUCACGGGUUUGUCAGUACUAGCCAGACACAAACGAAUACACACAGGUGAAAAACCAUUUCAGUGUGACUAUUGUCCUAAGGCUUUCGCUUAUUCAUCAAUACUAGUAUCUCACCGACGCACUCAUACUGGAGAAAAACCUUACCAGUGUGAUCUUUGUCCCAAAGCGUACACUCAAUCCUCUAGUUUAAUAGUUCAUAAGCGAACACAUUGGAACAAUCAUCAGCCAAUUAACUCAAUCGAACAUCCAACGACUGAACCACUAGCUCAACCAGGGACGACAAAUCAAUACGAAUUACCAAAUACAUCGGAGGCCGAUGACUACACUGACAAUUGGUCGGGCUGGUAUCCUAGCGAGCCUGAUAUAUCUCUUGUCACAAAUGAACUAGCCACCGAAGAGCCGCCUAUACAAAACACAGUAGCUCACUUUCCCGCUCAAACCGUAACCAACAACCAAAAUGAGAAAAUAGACAUAAACAUGUUGCCGCAAAAAUUCAAGUGCGCCAAGUGCAAAGAAGCUUAUGACGAGAGCUUUAUGUUAUUGAAACACAUUAGAGAAGUGCACAGGUCUAGCGCAGUCAAAGUGAAAAAGACGUCCGCGUUAAAAAGCAACGACGUGGUCAAGCAGAAAAAGAAACGUGGCGAACGUCAACGACUGGAAUGCGAUAUUUGCCAACGGCCGUUCAACGACUCGUACAAACUGAAAGUGCACCGGAGAACACAUACUCGGGAGAAGCCGUUCAAAUGUGACACGUGUGACAAGUCGUUCAUCGACUCGUGCAACCUCAAGGAACACCAGAAGGUGCACACCGGCGAGAAGCUAUUCGAGUGCGACAUAUGUCAGAAGACGUUUUUGCAGCUGGGCACGUUGACAACGCACCGACGCACGCACACUGGCGAAAAGCCGUACACCUGUGACGUGUGCCACAUGACUUUCGCGUUGCUCAGUAGCAUGAAGACGCACAAGCGGCGGGCACACACCGGUGAGAAGCCGCAUAAGUGCGAUUUCUGCCAAAAGGCGUUCGUCAAGCGCAACGACAUGGUCCGUCACCGGAGGACGCACACGGGCGAACGGCCGUUCGUGUGCGACAUUUGCUGUCAGUCGUUCACCCAAUCGUACGUGCUGGUACUUCACAAGAGAAACCAUCAUUCGGGCGAUGGGGCCGGGGCCGGGGCGAACAAGCGCCCGAUCGCGCCGCCCCGAGACAAACCGUUCAAGUGCGGCGCCUGCCACAAAUCGUUCGCCAGCCAGUCGACGUUGAACACGCACAACCGAACGCACACGGGCGAGAAACCAUACCAUUGCGGCGAGUGCAGCAAAUCGUUCACGCAAUCGUCGGGCCUCGUGGCCCAUAAGGCCGCACACCACGCGGCGGACAAGUCGUUCGGACACGCGUACGCGCCCGACACCAGCAGUAGCGGACCUCAGUACGCCGCGGUUCCGGACGUCCACCUCCACAGGAUACCUCAGUACGCGGGCGACAGGCCGUGCGAGUGUGCCGUGUGCCAGUCGUCGUUUGGCCAGCCCAUUACCGUCAUGAACGAGCACUUCAACCAACCAGUCGUCGCCACUGUGAUGUCUGACAGCAACUUGUAUUACGGUUAGGAUCCAUUUCACACGGCUAUAUGGCCCGAUCCGGCGAGAGUACCCGGGAUGAUAUUAUAUAUAUCAGCUACAGAUUUCGGUCGACACUUUUGAAAAUAAAAUAUGUUAACCAAGUACAUGUGAAACGAGUCUUGCUGGGGGGGGGGCGAAUAUUGAAGUAUAAGAUAUCUGUAGUCACGAGGCGCAGCGGCCGAGCUUGUGUGUGUGGUGUCUUAGUAAAACAGAUGAGUUUUUCAAUACUUAUUACAUUAUUAUUUAUUUUCAUAACUGCCAUCAGAUCAUGUUUAAAAUUAGAAUAAGUUAUUUUAAAAAAAUAAUACGAUGAUAAAGAGACCGUUUUAGAAUCGAAGACUGUAUUUUAAAGAAUUAACGUAAUUUUCUCUCAUGUAUAUUGUUCACAAAUCUUAUUUAUUUUAUAAUAUAUAUCUUUUUAUACAUAUUAUGUUAUCAUAAUAUUAUACUGAUAUACCCAGUUAUAGCAUAUGAUAUAAUAUAUAUGUACCUUUAUAUUUUAUAUACCUUCAUUGUACACUAUACUCAUAAUAUAUUUAAAAUGUUUUUUACAAAUAAAUUUAAUAAAUAUAUAUUAUAUUUAUAUAUUA